UCCUGCGUCUGCUCCACAUCCCACCUCACACUACUCGCUUGCUCGCGGCCACCGCAUUGCCGAAACUCACAUUCGCAAGGCCCGACUCCCACCUUCUGCGCUCGCUUGCCCUUCCUGUCGCUCAAGCCUCACACCCGCCUUCUCUUUGCGCCAUGUCCGCUGCCGAGCUCUCCCUCGUGCUCGCCGCGCUGCAGCAGACGCCGGCACUGCGGCCCGACGGCCGCUCGCUGCAGAGCGUACGGCCGCUGCGGCUUGCCUCGCGCAUCGUCGCUGCCGCUGCAGGCUCGUGCGAAGCGGAGCGCGCCGGCACCGUGGCGCGAGCGGUGGUCAGCGCCGAGGUGACCGAGGGCGAGCCGGCGUGGAAUGUGGCCGUCGAUGUGUGAGUGCCCGCAAUGAGGAGAAUGCGCGAAUGUGCGGUGCAGACGGAGCCCUCCUGGGCACUUGUGGCUUCGGCGGCAGUACUCUUCUCGCAUCGCCCAAUUGCGGCUCCUCGUCGACCACCCGCUGAGCACCUCCACCUCAGGCCUGCACAUCUCGAGAACCAGUCGCUCGCGCACCUCGUGCGCAGCAUGCUGCUCCCUGUCCUGCCCGCGCCGCCCGCGCCACUACAGCCUGCCAGCAAGACACGGCGUGCUCUCUCCUGGACGCUCUCGCUCGAUGUCUCGCUGCGCAGCGUGCAGGGCGGCAACGCGGCCGACGCGCUGCUGGCGGCGGCGUUCGGCGCCGUGGCGUCGGCCGAGCUGCCGGCCACGCGGCCAGUCGGCACGAGCGCUGCCACGGCGCCUGCGGCUGCCGGCUCGGGCGCAACGGGCGACAAGAUGGGCCUGGAGCAGGGCCUGGUGGGCUUCGAGCUGGCCGAAGGCAGCGUGCCGCUCAAGGGCCGGGAAGAGUGGCCGGCGGCAGUGACAGUUGCGCUGCUGCCGAACGGCACACAUCUGCUCGAUCCGUCGCCGCUGGAAGAGGCGGCGCUGCCGCCGCACGUGCGCGUGCUCGUGCUUGCCUCGUCGACUGGGCGCAUUCGGGGAGCUCGCCUGCUUGCCGAGCCUGAGAGCAGCAUGGACGAGGGCGAGGAGGGAGCGGCAACGUGGGGCGCACUAGGGCCAGAGCGGGUGCGACAGGGCAUCAGGGUGAGUCGGCCAGCUGCCGUGUUGCAUGCGUCAGGCUGAUCUUGGCCUCCGCAGCUUGGCACACAGUACGCGCAGCAGCUGCAUGCCGCACUUUUCACGCAGCUUGAGGAGGUGUCACAAUCAUGAUUGCUCCAUCAGACGCCAGCUGCUCCCACACGGCGCUCCGUGUGCG